CUCUUUCUUUCAUUUGUGCCAUGUCUUUUCCUCCGUCCCUGCGCUCCUUUGCGUUGUCUCUCUCGCUUUCGCCUUCCCAAACCCUCCUACCCUUACGGUCUCUCCCUCGCUCUCAAGAUCGUAUUUUUCACCUUGUAUUCGAUCUCCGUUUUCGGUCGUUCCAAGGCUACUCACUUGGCAUGGCUUCUGCUGCAUUGCUGGCAGAGAACGCGGUUCUGUUGAUCUCCCACUCUUCGCUGUAAGCCAGAAAAGCAGAGCGCGGAGAGAGGAGAGAAGCGGGAAAGUUGGUGAAAUUGGUUUGGUUUCAUCGGAGCACUGGGAUAUUUUUCAGAUGGCUCUCUGUUCCUUCUUCUGCUGUGGGAAGACAUCUGAUAGGAGGGAUAAGUGGAAGAAGAAUUCCUCAACUUGGAGGGUGUUCUCUUUAAAGGAGCUGCAGUCUGCCACCAACAACUUCAAUUACGAUAACAAGAUCGGAGAAGGGGGAUUCGGCAGUGUGUAUUGGGGCCAGCUCUGGGACGGAUCUCAGAUUGCAGUCAAAAGAUUAAAAGUCUGGAGCAACAAGGCUGAACUGCAAUUUGCUGUUGAGGUUGAGAUUUUGGGCAAAGUGAGGCAUAAGAACCUCUUAAGUUUGCGAGGAUACUGUGCUGAAGGACAAGAGCGUCUUAUAGUUUGUGACUAUCUGCCAAAUCUCAGUCUAAUCUCACAUCUGCAUGGACAUAAUUCAGCUGAGUGCCUUCUUGACUGGGACAGGAGAAUGUCCAUUGCCAUAGGGUCAGCUGAGGGGAUCGCCUACCUUCACCACCAUGCAACACCUCGUAUAAUCCAUAGGGACAUAAAAGCAAGCAAUGUUUUGCUAGACUCCAAUUUCCAGGCACGAGUUGCUGAUUUUGGCUUUGCCAAGCUCAUCCCUGAUGAUGCAACUCAUGUUACAACAAAGGUGAAAGGCACCCUUGGCUACCUUGCACCCGAGUAUGCCAUGUAUGGAAAGGCCUCAGAGAGUUGUGAUGUAUAUAGCUUUGGAAUAGUCCUUCUUGAGCUUGCUAGUGGAAAGAAGUCUAUAGAGAAGCCGAGCCCAACAGUGAAGCUACCAAUUACCGAGUGGGCUCUACCUUUGGCUAGGGAGAGAAAGUUCAAGGAAAUUGCAGAUCUGAAGCUCAAAGGGAACUAUGCAGAGGCAGAACUGAAGAGAAUGGUGCUCGUUGCUCUCAUAUGUGCGCAGAGCAUGCCCGAAAAGAGACCAACAAUGCUGGAGGUAGUGGACUUGCUUAAAGGGGAGUCCAAAGAGAACCUAUCUGAUUUGGAGAACGAUGAAAUGUUCAGGCCUGAGCCAGCUGGGAUUUCUCAAGUACUGUCAGGUCCUAAUGGUAGCUCCGAUUUCAUAUCCGAAGAGAAGAAUUCCGAAGCAAAUGCAAAUGAAAUGGGCUCAUAGAUGCAAAGCAUAUCAUCUCGUAAUACAUGCGUGAACGAGUUACAUGUCCAGAUGGAUCUUCCUCUUCUUCGCUUUGAGUGACGUAUCUGCCUUCUGGUUUGAGAGUUUCCUGAUUGUAAAUGGAGUAAUGCAUUGAAGUUAAUGUUUUGGUUGUCAGUGUUUUAUGUUGGUUUUAAAUUCUGAACUUAGAUUGUUGCUCGAAUACAAGGACAUGAUGAUCUGAGUCAAUAUGAUGCCAGUGGCAUGGCACUUGCUCUUCUUUUUGUGCUGAGCAAGCUGUGUAAGAAGCAUGUUAUUUGGAAAGAUAUAAUUGGGCAAUAUGCAGCAUUUUCUC